AGGGGAGAGAGAGAAAGAGAGAGGAGCUGCCAGAGUCGCAUGUUGCAUUCCUUUCAGAGAUCAUCGACGGAGCGGGCGGCCUGUGGCGGAAACUGCGACCAACCCUCGACGCCGCGAAGCCGGAGCCGCCGAGCUCCUCCGUCAUCCGCCGCGCCCCAGCCCCAGCCCCUCUCCUCCUCCCCCGCCACCGCCGCCGCCGCCGCCGCCGCCGCCCCGCGGCGAUCGAGGCUCUCCGGCGGAGCGCAAUGGCCGAUUGCUCGGCCCGGUCGGUUCCGGCUGCAAUUCGGGUCGAAUCUCGAGGGAAUUGAUCGCGGGAAGACGAGGAGCAUAAUGGAAGCAAGCAAUACUUAUUCGAUUCCAAAACCUGGUAUGCAGCAGCUUAAUAAUGUGAGGGCCUCAGGAGCAAUGUCUGCAUCCUCACCAGUUCUUCCGACUCAUUUUGAAGAGAGAUAUCCCAAACUUCCAGAUUCUCAUCAGGUUACCAUGUCAAGUUCUCUAUCUCAUGGAACUCCUCUACAGUCCAGUGGUGGGGCAAUUGGUCCUAUGUGUUCAUCGACCUCUGGAUACUCAACGGGUCUUCAUUACUCAUCUGUUACUCCUUCAGAAAAGCAUUCAGGAAAUGCUCCCUUUAUUUUUCAGUCAACAAGUGGCAGUACGACUUAUAUAAUAAAAUCUUCUGCUGAUGCCGAGCUUCUUCAAGCUGACGCUUCAACACAGUAUGAUAACAAUGACAAGGCAUCUUGGUCUUCAGAUGCAUUGCCAUGUAUCUAUGAUUUUCCCGUGAAUUCUCCCUUUCAGAACAAUCAGAUGGAAAAUGGUGAUGGGAUUGGUGUCCUGGCACCUGAGGACUUUAGUAAACCAAAUAAUUGGCAGGAUUGGGCAGAUCAGCUAAUCAAUGAAGAUGAUGAGUCACCAGAUUGGGCACAGAUUCUCAGUGAAACCAACCUCCCCAAUCCAGAAUCAAAGAUGGCACAUGGGGUCAUCAAAUCACCAUCAAGUCUUUCAGCACAUCAGACACGAUUGCAUCAAGGACUUCCUGCUUCAUCGGGGGAUAUCCAGAGUGCCAACAACUCUUCAUCCACAGCAAACAGUAGUACAGCCAAGGCACGUAUGCGUUGGACACCAGAACUUCAUGAGGCGUUUGUGGAGGCUGUCAGCAAACUCGGUGGCAGUGAACGAGCCACACCUAAGGGUGUGCUAAAACUCAUGAAAGCUGAAGGGCUGACAAUCUAUCAUGUGAAAAGCCACUUACAGAAGUAUAGGACAGCAAGAUAUAGACCAGAUUGUUCAGAAGGGUCAUCAGAGAAAAAAUUGACUACUUUUGAAGAAUUGUCAUCCCUUGAUCUAAAGACGAGCAUGGAGAUCACUGAAGCUUUGAGAAUGCAGAUGGAAGUUCAGAAACGGUUGCAUGAACAACUCGAGAUUCAGAGGAAACUCCAGCUUCAGAUUGAAGAGCAGGGGAAAUACCUCCAGAAGAUGUUUGAGAAGCAGAGCCACUCAGGAAUGAGCAAGCUGAAAGAAUCUUCUUCUAGUUUGGAUGAUCACUCUGCGCCUUCUGGAGAACUUCAAGACUGCCCUGAAAAAGCCGAAUAUGAAGAAUCCAAGGAGGAGCCAGAAAAAACCGAUAUUGAUCCUAUCAAUGAUAGCAACGUUGCUCCUAGAGAGUGUUUGCAGGAGCAGGGGGGGACGCAAAGUGAACCUGCAGCUGUCUCUCUCGAGAGUCCCAAGCAAGGGGUGCGCGAGUCGUCUUCUGAGCCUUCAAAGCGUCAGAAAAUGGGUGUUUGAGUUCAUGAUUUAUCCCAACUCAGCAUAUUGAAUUUGCGGUGAGAAUGACAAACUAAGCGAAAGGAAGAAAUGAGCCGAGAAUGGCGUCAUUCUCGGCUCUUUUUCACGUGGAGCAUCGAGCUUCAAGGCUUUUUGUGUCUUCAUUUUUCAUCAUCUCUUUGCUGCAAUUAGAUAUAUGUAUAUCCGCUGACUAAUUAUUGCUACUGAAGUGGCGGCUUUUUGGAUUAGCUGAACUGAACAUGGCUUCGGCCCUGGCGCAUCGGUUUUUCUGUCUGGCUACUAGAGAAUUUGGCAGUCUCUUAUAACAAUAACAUGCUGGAACGCUGCACUUGAUGUGUUUCAUUUGCAUUGAA